UAGUAUAGUGCGUAACUUUCCAAAUCACAGCUCGCGAAGAAAAAUUAAAAAACAAAAGAAAAGGAAAAAAAGUAAACCUCUCCGUUUCGUUUUGUCCAUUUUCUCUCUCUCUAGCGCCGAGAAUGGCAGAGGAGAUGCAAGAGCAAGCCACCGAGACGGUGAAAAAAGAAACGCCCGACGAGUCGCUCGAUAUCGAGUCCCAAGUCAAGGAAGCAAUGCUCUCUCGCGUUAGCCACUUCAAAAAACAAGCCGAUUCUCUGACGUUUGAGGGGGUGCGGAGACUGUUAGAGAAGGACUUGGGAUUGGUCAAAUUUGCGUUGGAUGUGCAUAAGAGAUUUGUCAAGCAGUGUUUAUUUGAGUGCUUGGAUGGUGCUGUUACUGACAAUGCCUCCAAGGACUCUGGGGAUACAGUGGAAAAACACGUUGAUUCUCCAAAAGAAGUUACAGAAUCACCUGAAAGACCAGAUUUGAAAAACAAUAUAAAGGAACCUUGCUCUGAAGAAGAGGAAAAAAUGGAAGACUCUCCUGUAAUGGGCCUUUUGUCAGGAAAAAAAACAACAAAAUCAAAGGCCAAGGAUACUCAAGCAAAUGAGGUUAAAGAAGUUCCAAGUGAAGGCAGCAUAAAGAAAGCCAUGAUGAGACGGGCUUCUUAUAUCAAAGCUAAUUCCGAGGAAAUUACAAUGGCUGGACUUCGUCGACUCUUAGAGGAAGAUCUUAAACUCGAUAAAUUUUCGCUCGAUCCCUACAAGAAGUUCAUUAGCAAGCAAUUAGAUGAGGUAUUAAAAUCUUCUCAAGUUUCUGAACCUAAGAAGAAAACUCUUAAGAACAAUUCUCAUGGUAAAGCAUCUAAAGAGGUUAGCAGUAGAGAGAGCGCAGAUUCUUCAGAUAAAGAGAGCGAGGGGGAAGAUGAAGAGGUAAAACCAAAGAAAAAGAAAAUUGGUGUUGAACGAAAGAUGCAGAACUCCGAAGGGUCUAAAAAGCGGAGGAGAACUGAAAAGGAAACCAAAGUAUCUGCCAACAAGCGGAUCAAGCCUUUGGAAACAGCAGCAGAGGACAACAACGAUUCAGAAGUCAGUGGAAAUGCUUCAGAAGACAACAAUUCUCCAUCAUCAGCAGAAAAACCAGUCAAGAAAAAGGAAGCUUCUACUCCAGCAUAUGGGAAACACGUGGAGCAUCUGAAAUCAGUCAUUAAAUCCUGUGGGAUGAGUGUGCCUCCUUCAAUUUAUAAGAAGGUGAAGCAAGUGCCUGAGAACAAACGUGAGGCUCGGCUAAUAAAGGAACUUGAAGAAAUUCUUUCUAGAGAAGGAUUGUCAUCAAAUCCUUCUGAAAAAGAUAUCAAGGAAGUCAGAAAGAGAAAGGAAAGGGCAAAAGAACUUGAGGGCAUUGACUUGAGCAACAUUGUGACAACUUCACGUAGAAGGUCUGCCACCAGUUUUGUAGCUCCACCAAAACCAAAAGUGCCAGAUGAAAGUGAGAGUGAUGACACUGGUGAUACAGAAGAGGAUGAUGAGGAUGGCGAGGAGGAGGAUGGCAAUGAUGGAGAUAAUGAUGGAGAUGACAACAAGGGUGGUGAUAGCCCAACUGAAGAGGCUGAUGAGGAUCAAGAUGAUGGCAGCGACUGAGUCCUGUACAAGCUGACUUGACAUGGAUGAAAGAAGCUUCAACAAUAAAGAGUAAGUGGGUGUAUUCGAAGCCUCAGCCAUUGGAUUACGUGGGUGUAUUAUGUGUACCAUAUUUAGUUCUAUUUUUUUACUUCUGGUUGUAGCAAUAGAUAGCUUUUAUGGAAAAUUUGUUUGCAGCUUUGCCUAUUAGGAUAUGUUUAUUGCAGCUGCUCUAGUGACUUGUACAGGGAUCUUCUCUGGAAAAUUUAGCUAAAAUUCUAAGCUAGGAUUUUUGUAA